AUGGCACCUCCACCGCCAAUUGUCAUCGACGCCCAGGCCGUUAGCGGUAUUACUGGUUCCAUAUCCCUCGCAUGUUGGAUUAUUGUGUUUGCGCCACAGAUCUACGAGAAUUUUCGUCGAAGAUCUUCGGAAGGUUUAUCGCUUCAGUUUGUCAUUCUUUGGCUUGCCGGUGAUAUCUUCAAUGUUUUAGGUUCCAUCCUCCAAGGAGUUUUACCAACUAUGAUUAUUCUUGCCAUCUACUACACCUUGGCAGACAUUCUCUUGUUGUGGCAAUGCUUGGUGUAUGGACAUGGUGAAAGUGCAGACCCCAUUCACUUAUCUCCAGCCAACCCACUUAAUGAGGAUGUGCUCGAAACAGCGCUUUCAAGAGAGUAUGGCGAAGCUGACGAAGAAUCUCAGGAGCUCCUUGAGCAAAGCAAACCAGUAUCGUCGUCCUAUUUGAGCGCAGUGCUUCUCAAAACCUUGAUGGUUGCCCUGGUAAUGUUUGCCGGAUUAGUAGGAUGGUACAUUUCCUACGUCAAAGACGAACAAUAUCGAAGAGCACACCCUGGAAAACCAGAAAGAAGACCACAAGAACUUGUGUACGACCCCUUGGCUCAAUUCUUUGGGUGGUUGUGUGCCGUCUUCUACUUGGGUUCUCGUAUUCCUCAGAUUCUCUUGAACUACCAACGUAAGUCUUGCGAGGGUAUCUCAUUCAUGUUCUUCUUGUUCGCAUGCCUAGGCAACUUGACAUACGUGGUAUCUAUUCUUGCCAUCGAUAUCAGUUGGAGUUACUUGUGGGUCAAUUCUUCUUGGCUCGCAGGUUCAUUGGGAACCUUAGCUCUUGACUUUACUAUAUUUGUUCAAUUUUUCUUGUACAACGAGAACGAACCAUACCUGGAAGACGCAUCAGAGAUCACUGAUGAGUCGCUGUAUAACUACGGAGCCAUAGGAUCUAGUUGA